AUGUCCACAGGCCCUCCUUUGUUCAACGUGCCCAACACCAAGAGGUCGAACCCCAACAAGCUCCCCAACCUCUCCAUACCAGUGCCGCCUGUCGACACCAACCAUAAUCCCCACCCCCAGCCACGCAAGCUUCCUCCUAUAGAUUUCCUGAAGGUCAAUGGUUCGUAUUCCUUCACUCCUGAUACAAUCUCUCCGUCUGCCGCAGGCCAGGUACGUCCUUCACCAGACGGAUACGGAGGCCUCACGCCUGAACUCAAGACUCCCAACAUGCUGUUGAAUCCCAGCGACGCCUCGCUCAACAAAGACAUCGCGGAUCUCACUCCAGAGGACUGGAACGUGAUUGCAAACACAAAUCAAAUCAUGGAGCUCAGCAAGCUCGGCGAGGGAAACGGAGGCAGCGUGUCGAAGUGCGUGUUGAAGUCGAAUCCGAAGUCCAAGGUGUUUGCACUUAAACUCAUCAACACGGACCCCAACCCCAAUAUCCAGAAGCAGAUCAUCCGAGAAUUGCAGUACAACCGGUCAUGCGACUCUCCCAACAUCGUCAAGUACUAUGGCACGUUCAUGGUGGAAAAACAGUCCAUGAUAGGCAUUGCCAUGGAGUACAUGGGGGGCAGGUCGUUGGAUGCCAUCUACAAGCGGGUGAUUGAGAUCGACCCCACCAACAGGAUCAACGAGAAGGUGUUGGGCAAAAUGGCGCUUUCCGUGCUAAAUGGCUUGAACUACCUCCACCAGCAACGCAUCAUACAUCGCGACAUCAAGCCGUCCAACAUCUUGUUGGACAGCCAGGGAAACGUCAAGCUUUGCGACUUUGGCGUCAGUGGAGAGGUCGUCAACUCGCUUGCCACCACCUUCGUGGGCACCCAGUACUACAUGGCUCCUGAAAGAAUCAUGGGCAAGCCCUACACCGUCACCUGUGACAUCUGGUCAUUGGGGCUCACCAUGUUGGAGGUGGCGACCUGCAAGUUUCCGUUCCAGGGCACUGGCAGUGGAGGAAGCGACGACCUCGCCAACUUGGGCCCCAUCGAGCUUCUCAGCUUGAUCCUCGAGUACGAGCCCAAAUUGCAGGACAUUCCCCAAGAAGAAAUCUACUGGUCGGAUUCAUUCAAAAAUUUCAUUUCGUACUGCUUGAAGAAAAAUAGCGACGAGAGACCCAGCCCUCGCCAGAUGUUGGGCCACCCCUGGUGUGUUGGCCAGCAGAGCGUCCAGGUGCGUAUGGACAAGUUUGUCAAGAGAUUGUGGGGCGAUUUAGAGUAA